CAGGAAAGGAAAAAAGAUCCUCUUUGCUGUGUGGAGAAUGGAUUGGAAAAGAGAAAGAAGUGGGAGACCAUGUAGGAAAGCGUUGCAGAAGCCCAGAGUACUUUCAAACCAGUGCCCGGGGCCAGCCAGAACACUGACUGACCCAGGUGUCUGGAUGGAGACCUGAGCUGGGAGAAGAAAGACGCUCCUGGAAGGUAAUGUUUCCUGUCACAGAUGUCUCAGACACAAGAAGCACAGGGAAAUUACAGAGGCUAACAACAUGGAAAAGAGGCCCCAGGACGGUAGAAUAGGUACCCCCCACAGAGAGGUGCCCCCGGUGGUGGGGCUGCUGCUGGCCAUGGCCCUCAUGAACGCGCUCCUCUACCUCUGCCUCGACCGGUUCUUCAUUUCCCCUCGACUGUCUGCUGUGGACCCUGGCCACUGUCCCCACGGCUACUUCAGAAUGGGACAGAUGGGAAACUGCUCACCAUGGCUGUCCUGUGAGGAGCUGAGGACAGAAGUGAGGCAGCUGAAGCGCGUUGGGGAAGGAGCUGUGAAGAGGGUCUUUCUGGCAGAGUGGAAGGAACGCAAAGUUGCUCUCUCACGGCUCACCAGUCUGGAGCUGAAAGACGAUUUCCUCCAUGGGCUGCAGAUGCUGAAGUCUCUGCAGAGUCAGCACGUUGUCACGCUGCUUGGCUACUGUGAGGAAGACAACACCAUUCUUACUGAGUAUCACCCCCUAGGUGCCUUGAGCAACCUGGAAGAAACACUAAACCUUUCCAAGUACCAAAAUGUGAACACGUGGCAGCACAGGCUGCAGCUGGCCGUGGACUACGUCAACAUCAUCAGCUACCUGCACCACAGCCCCCUGGGCACACUGGUCAUGUGCGACUCCAGCGACCUGCCCAAGACGCUGUCCCAGUAUCUGCUGACGAGCAACUUCAGCAUCGUGCUGAACGACCUGGACGCCCUGCCCCUGGUGAACCGCAGCUCCAGGAUGUUUGUGAAGUGCGGCCACAGGGAGCUUCAUGGCGAUUUUGUGGCUCCAGAGCAGCUGUGGCCCUAUGGAGAGGACAUGCCUUUUCAUGAUGAUCUCAUGCCCUCGUAUGAUGAGAAGAUCGACAUCUGGAAGAUUCCAGACGUUUCCAGUUUCCUUUUGGGGCAUGUCGAAGGCAGUGAUAUGGUCCGAUUCCAUUUGUUUGAUAUUCAUAAGGCAUGCAAGAGCCAGACUCCUGCGGAAAGACCCACUGCUCGGGAUAUCCUGGACACUUACCAGAAAGUUCUGAAUUUACUCAGAGACACCGUGAUGUCUCAGACGAGAGAAAUGCUAUAAAAACCAGUCCAGUCUGUGAAGGAUGGGAUUUAAGGAAUAAGUGGCAUAGUUGCAGCA